AUGGCUGGCCAUGGCGGCAUCAGGGCUACGGCUCGCACACUGCUUCUAAUCCUUGUCUGCCUGCUCGCCGCCGUGUCAGGGCUCCAAAUCCCGCACCGUUAUCACGCGGGCACGCGCACGAACAGCACCCCUGAUAGGUCUAGGUACCGGCCCGGAGCAGCGAUCGCCAUCGAUCUGGGCAACACCAACUCUUGCGUCGCUGGCUAUGGCCCUGGUGGCAAGAUGGACGAGACCUUGUUCCGCUUCUGCAUCCCCUCCUGGGUUGCCUUCGCCGACGACGGCACCGCCCUCGUCGGCGAGGACGCCAAGAACCACGCCGACGCUGACCCCGAGGCCGUCAUCUUCGGUUUCAAGCGCAUGCUCGGGCUAAGGCGAAAUCACGAGGACGAGGAGGAUGUCGUGCAGAGACUCAUCGAGCGUGUGCCGUACAAGAUCGGUGCACGGAACUUCGUCAGCCCGAGCGUCCAAGUGCAGGCCAAGGACGGCGCGGUCAGGCAGGUCGACGUUGUGGAGAUCGCGUCCGUGGUGGUCGCCGAGCUAAAGAAGAUGGCUGAGGACCACCUCGGCCGUAAGGUCAGGCACGCCGUCGUCACCGUCCCGCAACACUUCGGUGGCUCGUCGACGUGGGCGGCCAUGGACGCCGGCAAGAUCGCCGGGCUGGACGUCGUGCGCACGGUCUCGGAGCCGGUUGCGGCAGCUGUCGCCUACGGCCUCCGCGGGAAGCUGCGCGAGGACGGCAAUGCGCUUGUCCUCCAUAGGACCGUGGACUACCUGGUCGAGGUGAUCAAGUCCACGCAUGGCAAGGAUAUCACAGAGGACAGGACUGCUCUCAGAAACAUGAGCAUGGCGUGUGAGCGUGCCAAGAAGGCUUUGAGUACUCAAGAUCAUGCCCAAGUCAGCAUCGAGUCUCUAUUCGGCGGCGGCAUGGAUUUCUCGCACUCGCUCUCGCGGCAAAAAUUUGAGGAACUAAAUGAUGAUCUGUUCAACAAAAUCAUUGCCUUGGUGGAGACAGUCAUGGCAGUUGCUCAACUGGAGAGGAGCAAAAACAAGAUCGAUGGGAUUGUUCUUGUUGGUGGCAGCACCAUGAUCCCUAAGAUUCAGAGAAUCGUUAAGGACUACUUUGGGGGGAAUGAACUAAACAUAAGGGUGAAACCAGACGAAGCCGUUGUUCUUGGAGCAGCAGCACUUCAUGUGCAUUCUUCUGAUAAUUCUUGA